AUGGCUAUCCUUAUCAUCAGUGCGCUGCUUGGUGCUGCUGCGGCUGCGAGCAACUGGCAGCCAGGCCAGUACUUCAACUGCCAAAAGAGCACGAGCCUCUCAGCAGACCGCCUCAGUGCAGCACAGGCAUCUGCCCACGAUUCUGAGAUCUUCAUUUGUACGACCGUCAACCCAAGCGAAAUUAUUCUCUCAGUGGCAGGUACCUCAACGGGCCAAUCGGCCGCCACUUCCGUUGGCGAGCCAAAAGCUGUAUACGUGAUGGUUCAUACCAUGUUGCCGACCUUGGCUUGGGACCACGAGCUUUUCUUGACGGAUGAUCCUACCGCUACUAUUAACGGGUCAAGGGUUGGGAAUGCCGUCAUGAUGAAUGAGUAG